AUGUUCAUACUGUUCAUCCUAUGUUCUAUAUUCAAAAUCUCGUCUGGUGACGUCACUUCUAGCGACGUCGCAUUUCUAAACGAUCUGCCUUUGGAUAAGCUUUUACGGCUAAGGUCUUCACUGCAAGAACUCGUGACAGCGGAAUACGAGAAUGUCACAACAACUACACCGUCAUACAUACAAAGGUUUGGUGCAGAAGCCAUGGCUAUCCAAGGACCACCGCCCGUCAAGCGUGGCGACUACGAAGAGGGAUUGUACAAGAAAGAAAGUUACAGCAAGAUCAGCAACAUAUUUUCUAUGUCUGUCACUACUCUUGCGUUUCUGGCGUUUGGCGGAUAUUUACUAUGCUUGAUAGUUCAAGCUGUGAAAGCGAAGCAGACGUAUAAUGCUGCGAUUCCUACGACGCAACCGACGACAUUCUUUGUGAGUGCAGGGAUUAAGAAGAGGCCACAGAGCCAGUUCUCGGCUUAUGGUCGGAGGAGGAGGGAGAACAGAUUCAGGAGAAGUUUGAAGAUGGUGGAUCUACCUCCGGAGCAGCUGUUUGACGCGUUAUUGCAAGUAUGCGAGGGUUACGCCAAGUGGUCUGAGAGAAAAGGGGACAUUGGGGAUUUUUAA